AUGGCAUUCCCCAGCGAAGGCGUUGCUUUUGUGACUGGCGCCGGAGGUACUGUCGGCCGCGCUACCGCCCUCCAGUUUGCCAGGGACGGCGUCCGCAAAAUCGCCGGGCUCGACAUCUCCGCACCAGUGCUUGGCGAAACAAAGCAAAUUAUAACCGAGAAAUUUCCUGAUGUAGACUUCUUGCCGCUCAUUGCAGAUCUCAACGAUGAAGCGCAAGUUACCGCUGCCUUUGCGCAAGUUGUUGAAAAGUUCGGUCGGGUGGACUAUGCCGUCAACAAUGCGGGCAUUGGCCAUCCUCUCAAGGUCACUCCCGAUCUUCCAUUCGAGAACUUUGACCGUGUUAUGGGCGUGAAUUUGAAGGGCGUGUGGACGUGCGCGAGGUUAGAGCUGGCCCAGAUGGAGAAGCAGGAGCCUCUCCCAUCGGUCUCCAAGUUGGGAGCCAUCGUCAACGUGAGCUCUAUCCUUGGUAACAUAGCGAUGCCGAUGCUAGGGAUUUACACAAUGUCUAAGCAUGGCGUCAUUGGCCUGACAAGAACUGAUGCUCUGGAUUUCGCGAAGAAGGGCGUGCGCGUUAAUUGUGUUUGCCCAGGAUUUAUCGAUACGCCACUGUUGUCAGAAUCAACACGCAAGACACUUGCCCCAUCCAUUGAGAAAACCCCCAUGGGCCGCCUCGCGAACCCUCAGGAGGUGGCAGAUGCUAUCAUCUUUCUAUCUAGCGAGAGAUCAAGCUACAUGACCGGCUCCGUGUUGACGGUUGAUGGUGGAUAUACGGUUCAUUAA